UUUCUCGUCUUCCCUUUUCCUCACGACACCGACCCCUCAGCACACGGAGCAAAGCACACAGCGAUGGCGACGGACGCGGGGCAGCACGCGGCAACGCUGCAAGAGGCGACGCGGGGGGCCACUGGCGCGUGGCAGACUGACAUGGCGGCGCUUUUCCGAAGGGCAAAGGAGCGCUUUCCGGACGUCGUCUGGGCGCUGGAAGGCGGGGAUGAGGUCUGGGGGCAUAAAGCUAUUGUGUAUGCACGGGCGCCACCGUCGUUCCAGACGCGCUACUUUUCGUUCCGGCCACAGGAGGACGGCAAGGGUCUGAGCCGGUCCGCGAUCUCGCUGGCUUAUGAGGGAGACGAAGACGAUGGCAAAGUCCCGACGAUGGCUGCCGCGACGGUGGGCGGGAUUACGAGGUUGACGACGACAAUUAGCCCCGCGCUGUUUGCCAACGAGCUCGAGUACCUAUAUACCGGGCAGGGCUUUGGCGAGGCAUUCGAAUUCCUCUUCGACGAGCAGGCGCAGGCAGAUGAAGGGCUGGCAGCGGAGGAUUUACGGAUCGAUAAACUGAGGAAGGACCUCGUGUUUAUGUGGCGGUCGAGGCUCUAUUCGGACGUGCGGAUUGCGUUGGUGGCUAAUGGACCGCUGCCUGCGCCCGGGCCAGAUGAGGACGAGCACGAAAGGCAGAUGCCUGUUUUCUCAUCGCACCGGUUCAUUCUCGCCUCCCGUUGCCAAUACUUCCACACUGCGCUGCUUUCGUGGCCAUCGUCUAAGCCAGUCGUCGACACCCCCACAUUAUCCCUCCCUUCUCCCCCAUUUACUCCCGCCUCAUUGCACUUCACUCUCGGAUUCAUCUACACCGGCACACUCGUCUUUUCUCACCGCACCUACGACCUCACCACCGCCCUCGCGUUGUUACUCUCCGCCAACUACCUCUCCAUUCCAACCCUGCACACUGAGGUGCAAGCGCGCAUCGUGUCCGAGAUGGCUCACGGACUCUUCCAUGCAGCACUGCCCUUUGCGGCCUACGAGGCGCUGACGGGCGGGGCGUGGCGGGCGGGCGGGUGCACGUGCCGAAAAUGCGCGGCUCGAGUCCCAAGGAUACUCGAGUUCGCACUGCGGCCGGAUGUGUUGGACCCAGUGCUGGAGCGCGGGGCAAGACGCGCGCUCGUCGGUCUAUUCGGGCCGGGGUGGUGCACCCCUGAGUUUGCAGCGCUGCCACCCAAGCUACACGCUGCGGCCCUGAAAGGAUUAGCCAAGAGAACGACGCCGGCCAAUGCCCUGGCCAUAUUGUGGGCAGGGGAAGCGGCAAGAGCGCGGCUGGCCCCGCUCGUGGAUGCGUGGACGGAGGUCGUGAAGCCGUUGGUAGAGGCAGGAAGGAGUCAGGUCGAUAAGGUGAUGGCAGACCAGACGGCGGCGGUGCUAGCAGAGGCAGACUGGGGCGCGAUUAUUGCCGCGGACGGUGUGCGGUUUGAGGACGGGGAGCGCGUGGAGUGGGCAAUGCGGAGUGUGGUCAGGGGAGUGGGCGAGAGCAAUGCGGGGAGGGUGUACCAAGCGCUGGUGAAUGUUUUGCUUUUGCCGCGCGCGGAGGGGGAGGAACAAGCGGAAGAGGCUCCAGAACAGCCGUUGUUAGCGCAAACAAGCCAUGUUAGGGUGCAGGUUGAGCAAGCACAAACGGAAGUGCUCGCAUGGAUCAAGCGUGGCGGGCGUGGUCGGGCAGACCGUGUCGCGCGCGAAGGUGGUCUUGACGGAGUCGAUGGCUGGGCGAUACGCGAAAUUGCAGAUUACCUGGAAAUUCCGAUGGACGACCUCCUCCUCGCGAUGCCCGCCGCGUCAGCAGCAGCUCAUGCCCGGCAGCCUACUGCAGCAACGGCCACAGCCGCGCGCAAAUCAGCGCACUUGCUCGCUGCGAAGGAGGCCGAUGCACACAGUCUCAGCAUACACACGCAGCAGAGCAGCAUGCGAGUCAGUGUCCUAAGCAAGGGCAUACCUACACCACGCGGGGCCCGGAGCGUCCGGCGGGAAAAGGCAGAGGGGGACGGCGAAGACGGCGAAGAAGAGAAUGAUCGGCCAGACUCGAAGUUAACACCCCCCGAACCUGUCAAUAAAGGCAAAGGCCGCGCGGUUAGCGUUCGCAGCCUCGGUGGUGCUAGUACAAGCGCGCCGCCGAGCCCGACUGUGGCGGUGCGCCGGCCUCCGGUGCCGAGCCGUGCGGUUCCACCGUCACCACGAACGAGCACCGGGAAGACUUCGCCCACACUUUCGCUCAGCCCCAGCACGCCAAAGUCAAAAUAUGCGCGGUCUGUGGCUAGCGUUAGUGUCAGUCUCUCGCCUGCCCCGGCCACCACGGCCCGACCACGGAGUGCAGCCAGUACGAGACCAAGGCCGACGUCUGCAGCGAGUAAUCGCACAACAUCGACGGUAAAGACAACCGCGACUACGACGGGUAAGGGAGGGCUGCGGCCGCCGCCAAGUCCGGGACGGGUAUCGAGAGCGAGUACCGCGAGUAGCACGACCGGCGAGUUCCGGACUGCGACGGCACGGUCAAGGUCAAGACAGAGCUCAGUUUCGAGCAGGCACACAACGGCGGGGAACAGCCCUGUUCGGGCAAGGACGGCCAGCAGGACACGCACGGUUAGUGUCGCGUCGGAUGCCUCGGUCCGCACGACAGGGACGGCCGGGGCUGGCAAGAAGGGCCCACCAAGUGUGAGGAGCGUGGCGAACAGCGUGACGAGUGGGAUGGAGAGAGAGACGGCGGCGAGCGCGGCAAGGAAAGCGGCAGCGGCAGCACAAAAAGCAAGGAGCGUCAGCGGCACAAGUUCGACGAGUUCGGCCAAGAAGGUCGUUGUGCUCAAGCAGCGUGGCCGGCCGGCUACCGAAGUGAAGGAGAAAGAAGCACCAAAGGUAGUCGUCGGGUCAGUCGAGGAGAAAGAGCACCGCAAGACAGAAAGCACCGCCAGUACCGCGAGCGUGGGGACGCUUCGGGGGGUGAAGAGGCGCGGGUCAGGUGACACGGUGGCCACUGUCGUCAAGGGCCUUCCCUCCAGGCCAUCACGUGUAAACAACACCCCGCCAGCCCCUUCCCCUUUGCCCACCCCCGCUACCAACUCGGACACCACCGCAGCCCCGCUCGGGAUCUCGCUCGACAUUGGGAUUGCUUGCAUCGUCUCGACAAAACGCAAGCGCUUCAAAGCUUAUGCGCGGUAUAUUGGCGAAGUCGCGGGCGAGGCAGGCGCUUGGGUCGGUGUGGAGGUGCCCGCGGGGACCGCCCAGGGCAUGCCCGCGAGCGCUAAACGGCAGUGGUGCGACGGAAGCUGGGGUGGGGUUCGCUACUUCGAGCUUGGGAUGCGUGAGGAAGAAGAGGAGGGAUAUGGUGACGAGAGCUAUUCGGGGCAGAAGCGCCGCAGGGCCGAGGCGAGCGGGGGCGGGACAGUGAAGGGCAACAAGCGUGCGGGGGAGUUGUUGGGCGGCUCGCGCGUGAAGCGCCUGCGUAGCGUCAGCCCCGCGAUCUCUGAUACCGAUGCCGAGAACGAGGGUGGCGCGCGUGGGCUUUUCGUCCGCCCUUCCGCAGUGCUCUAUGUCGUCGACGCCGUCGGAGAGGACCUAUGA